AUGAAAGAGGCACCAAAAGCUCUAGCACAAAUUCCUAGACCUUCCCCCAUGUUCCCUCAAAGACUUGCUAGGAGGGUUGAUGAUAGCAAAUUCGAGAAAUUUUAUGACAUUCUGAAGCAAUUGUCGGUGAACAUACCAUUUGUGGAAGCCUUUCAAGAGAUGUUGGGUUUUGCUAAAUACUUAAAGGAAUUGAUAACCAAGAAAAGAACCACCAAGAAUGAAUUAGUUAAUGUUACUCACCGGGUUAGCAUUAUUGCAACAACCACCGUUGAAAAGAAAGAAGACCCGGGAGCAUUCACCAUUCCAUGCACUAUUUGCUUGCGAGAUUUUGCAAGGGCUCUUUGUGACAAUGGGGCUAGCAUUAACUUGAUGCCUCUUGCCAUUUACAAGCAAGCGGGGUUAAGCAUGCCAAGACCUACAAGCAUGAGAUUGCAAAUGGCUGAUCGUUCAAUCAAAAGACCAGUGGGAAUUAUUGAUGAUGUCUUAGUAAAAGUGGGAAAGUUCCUCCUUCCGGCCGAUUUUGUGAUCCUUGACUGUGCCGUUGACAAAGAAAUCCCUAUCAUCUUGGGGAGGCCAUUCCUUGCUACCGGAAGAGCACUUAUGGAUUUGGAAUGA